AUUAUCAAAAAAUAACAAAGCUCAUCAUGUAAAUUUGCAAAAAGCAAAUACAAUUCACCACACCAUUUCAGCACAGAUUGAAAUCAUUGAUCUUUCCUCUUCUUUGGAAGAAGAAUUAGAAAAAGAUGAUAAAUUUGAUGGUGAGUUAAUAGAUGAGUUUGUUAGUUUCAGAGCUAAUGAUCUGGAUGAAGAAAAUACUGCACUAAAAAUUUUUAAGCAGCUUUUUAAUACAAAGAACCAAGAAGAUUGUGGUCAUUCAGUUUUUUAUACUGGUCUUGCUCCACGAACAAAAUGA